AUGUUCUCCUUCGAAAAAGCAGUAGCAUGGCAAAACUGGAAUGAGUGGGAGGAUGUCUAUAAUCUUCUAUAUAGCGGAAACCAAGCUUCAAUUCUGCAAGGUGUUGCAAAAGUUUCAGCUUGGUCUGCUAGAUUACCAAUUCCGACUGCUGUUGAAGUAACAGCAUCAUUACAACAAAAUAUGUACCAAGAUCCAAAUGUUCUUGGUCUUUCAUUGUCAAUUAUACGCUUUAUUAAUGGAGUUGUUGAACCUUUCAAACAAAUGCAUCCAUCAAACUCUAUUUCAUCGAUUGGAUCAAGUUUAGGUAUUCCAGACUACAUAACACAGAUAAGACACUCAGCAACACACGGAAAACUCCCGUCAUUUGAUUUUGCUUGUUUUGCUGCACAGGAAGCAUUAAAAUGGCUUCAAGAAAAUUACUGGUUACCACAACUUACUGCUAUCAUUCGAUAUAAAAAUGAUCUACACACGUCAAUUAUCGGCUAUUUAACUAAAAAUGAGGAUCCUUUUGAAUUUUUCCAACCAAAUAUUAUAGCAUCAUUUGGAGUAGAUGCUUUAAUCGACAUUAUGCUCAAUAAAAAUCAAAACAGAGGAACAUUAAAAUUGAAUUUUAUGAAAAAAGUCGGAGAUUUAAUACAAGAAACAUCCAAAUUCUUGAGUUACUUUCCUGCUGCAGUAGGCAUGAAAUUAGCUGAGAAAAUGGCUCAAGGAAACAGUUUGGCUUCAAUUUGGAUUGAAUAUUUAUUAAAUCGUGGUUUGGCUCCUCGAAAGUCAGUCUCAAUGAUAUUAAAUUGUGCUGAUCCAGAAAUACUUCAAAAAUCAUUACCAGAUCCAGUUAUUGAAAUAAUUGGAAAAUUAGAUCACGAAAAGAUUCAAUGGCCACCUACAUCAAUAGGAAAUCUUCCUAUUAAUACAGAAAAUCUGACUUUAUUGACAGAUGAAUUCUGUUUUGCUGAAGAAGUCCAAGAAAUUCCAGAAAAUUCUUCAAAAGAAGAUGUAAAAGAAGAAACUGUUGAACAACCCGAAAAUAAUGAAGCUGAAAGUAAUGAGCAGCCUGAAGAAACCCAAAAAUCCGAUGGUUCUUCUGAUGAAAUCGAAUUAUGGUAA